AUGAAGACUUGUGGAGCUCUACUGGUGCUGCUGUGCUGCUGUUUGGCUGAGACACAGCUUACAGGAGACACUAUCAGUGACAAUGACAUCACUCACCAGGGCCACUAUGGUGAAGCAGAGACCAGAGAAAAUGAGGUUAUGGGUGCAGCACAGAGGACUGAAGAUGCAUCCACAGCCUCCACCCAACAGACCUGCCAGCCUGACAUCCACACUGUGCUGAGGGAGAUGAGCGCUCUGGUGGUGGAGCAGAGAGUGGAGCUCAGACACACCAAGACACAAAUGGACGCCAUGGAGACCAGACUGACUGACAGACUGAGAGCCAGUGAGAAUAAAGCAGAGACUAUGGAGACCAAGCUAAGUGCCAGUGAGAAUAAAGCAGAGACUAUGGAGACCAAGCUAAGUGCCAGUGAGAAUAAAGCAGAGACUAUGGAGACCAGACUGACUGACAGACUAAGUGCCAGUGAGAAGACAGUGGAGGCCUUGGAGGUCAGACUGAGAGCCAGUGAGAGUCUGGUGGAACAACUUAAGAGUGAAAAUAAGGCUCAGUCCAUAAAUCUUAACCACACUGUGAGUCAGGUGGAUGAGCUGAGGAGGGAAAGAGAGGAGAGGAGGGUGUCUUUCUCUGCCUCACUGGUAGCAUCUGGUAUUGUAAAUACAGGACCUUUUUCAGUAGCAACUCCCCUGGUCUACAGACACAUCUUCACUAAUGUAGGAAAUGCCUACAACCCAAACACAGGUGUUUUCACAGCUCCAGUCAGAGGGGUCUACAACUUUGUUUUGUUUGUAUAUGGUGAAGGUCAUGCAUCAACACCUACUAGAGUGUCCCUUCAUAAAAAUGGAGAUCAAGUUGUCCUUGCUGAAAGUCGUCAUACAAGCGGCAAUGGAGAAGCAUCUAAUGGAGCCUCUCUGCUGCUGGAGGUGGGAGAUGUGGUCUAUGUGAAGUUGUGGCACAACAGUUGGGUGCGUGAUAGUUACAACCACCACACCACCUUCUCUGGCCACCUGCUCUUCCCCAUGUGAGGAGUCAGUCCAGAGUGGAAUCACAUCAGGAAUGUAAUAUUCAAUAAGAUCCACAUCACCUGCACUCACAGAA